UUCUCCUUUUAUUUUUACAGUUCUUCGAAAGCAGCAACAGCAGCGAUAUUUUACAGCCCAGCGAUCCAGCAACACGCGAGCCCAACAAAAAAAAAUACGAACGAUUGUAAAAUUCGACUCACAAAUUUUGAGCCAGCGAACGACUUCGAUUUACCAGCCAAAGAAAACGCGACGUCUCUUCUUUGGACGUGAAGCAGUAAGAGCAAAGCGCCGGUAUUGUAGACACGCACGCACGCACGCACGCAAUGUGCUAAAGACGCAACCAGUUGAAACCCGCUGGAAGACAGUCGAAGAUUUUGUGAGAAAUAUACUCGAAUCCACUCAAUUGAUGGCCGCAAUUAAAACGGAGAUGCCGCCUUUGCAUGCGGCAGAUGCCGGUGGCGGAGGCGGCGGUGGCACAGGCGGCAACAGUGGCGGUGGUGGUAGCGAGGGUGGUGGCAAUGCUGACACAAUUGUCUCCAAUAGUCCGCAUUCGAAUAGCAGUGGCGUCGGCGAUGCUGGCCUACCGGGUACGAAUAGCGGCAAUAAUACGAUUAGCGCAGCCGCAGACUCGAGCGAUAAUCAACCUGGCACGCCGCAACCCCCCAUCAAUGGACAAUUAAUUGGCAACAACGAACAACAACAGCAGCAGCUAGCGCACAAUCCUUACGGCAUGUAUACCUCGGUCGCUACGACCACGCAUGCCAACGCUUCACUGGCGCAUAUGUAUGGCGGCGGUGGCGGCAUUUACGCGACUGCCGGCGCUCAAUCAGAUAUGCAACAGCAGCAAGGUGUCGGUGCUUAUCCGAGCUACAUAAAUAGCUUUGAGCAGUUCUACCAGCAGCAGCAACAGCAAGUGGGCUCGGCCACCACGGACUAUGGGCUUAUGUAUGCCACUGGCCCUGGCGGAAACAGCACCAGCAGCGACUAUAAGGCAGGCAGCAACUCGAGCAGCGCGAGUGGCGUGCGCUAUCAUCCCUACCUCAACACACCUACCUCAUGUGGCCCUAAUGACGCACACGGCAAUGGUGGCAAUCGAAAUGGUACACCAGAUAUUGCUUCGAGUGGUGGCGGUGGUGGAACAUUGCCAUUACCGCAAAGCAGCGCUGCCGUUUCGACCACUACGAAUUCGCUAAGCCCGCGCGUUGUCAGUUCCAGCAGUCCAACAUCUACCUCGGCCCACCUACAGCUCAGCGGCAGCUCCGCAGCUGGCUCUCCUGCCGGCGGUUGUAAGCUUCAGUGCAAGAAGUGCGGCCUCAUGUGCACCAGCGACAAUGAACUGCAAGAGCACAUCACCAACGUGCAUGGCGCCUCGCCCUAUGGCAGCAGCGGCUACUCGAGCUCACCGUAUAUAAAGGAGGAGCUGUCUUCGGGCUCGCAGCAGCAAUCCACUGGCCAGCAGGGUCAGGGUGGCAACCCGGGCGAGUUACUCGACUUGGACUCACAAAAAAUGAUUUACCCGCCCGCCCCCGGCAGCAUACCAGCGAUGCUGCAUCACCCGCAGCAAAUGCACGACGUAGUCGGCGCUAGCGAUCCGCUGCACUCCAUGCACAGCAUGCAGCAACGCGCAUUACCUGGUUGGGAGCAGCCUCAACCACCCAACGGUGGCAUGCAGGAAGGUCUACCGCCGUAUAUGCAGCAGCAGCCACCCACGCAACCCAGUCAGCCGCAAACGGAUUUGAGCGGCAAGCCGCCUCAUGCCAAUCAAUCGCCCUAUUAUUCGCCCAAGCAAUCGCCAUAUCAUGUCACCGGCGGCGGUCCGAAUGGUAUGAACAUCAAGCAGGAAUACGGUUUGAUUAAGUCAGAAUAUCCGGACUCGCAGAAUUAUGUGGACAAAUCUUUUGACCCAACUGUGGCCAGUGAUAUGUGCCAACAACCCCCGCCUUCCGUUCAGCAGCAGCAAAUGAUGCCAGUUUCUUCCAGCCCUGCGGAGUUUCCUUCGACCACGACUGGGUCACAAGACGCGCAGCAGCAAUAUCGCGGCUUCGAGCCACCCUCUUCGUCGUCAGUAAAUUCUGCCAGCGCUCCCACAAAGGCCGCCACUUGGAAGUCGAACGAGGCACGUCGUCCGAAGACCUAUAACUGCACUGCUUGCAAUAAGUGGUUCACAAGUUCGGGACAUCUGAAGCGCCACUACAAUACAACUUUGCAUAAGAAUGCUGUGAAAUCUAGCGGCCAGCCGGAUCCAGCAACGCUACCCAUUUCGGCGCAUCAUCAUCCCGCACGUGAACCCACUACAACGACCAAGUCACACAGUCGUCGUAAUAAUGCCAACGCCGCAGCAGCCGCGGCUGCAGCUGCCGCUCAACAACAGCAACCGCCUGCGCCGGUGCAGCCACCCGAACCGCCUAGAAGUCCGCCGGACUUUGGGCAGGGUGCGGGUAUGGGUCAGUUGUCACAAUACUCCGCUUCACCCUCGCCGACACAGCAAGCGCAGUUGAACGGUAUGCCAUAUGGCGCAAACCCGAGCGGCUAUCAGCCACAACAGCAGCAAUAUUUGAACCAGGUGCAGUCGUCUACGAAUAGCCACUCACCGCAAAAUGUAACCGGUCACAUGAACGUCGCCGGCACCUCACCAAACAACACACAAACCGUCUUAAACGGUCACCCAAACGGGUUAGCAGGUCCCUCCGCCCAAACAACACCUCAACCAAUGCCGUCCUCCCAAACGAGGGGCCUGCUGAACACAACAACAACAACCAUUAUCACAAAGAGCGAACCCAUGGAGGACAACAUCUAUCAGCACAACAGCAGCAACAACAACAUGUCUCUCACGCACUCAGCUCAGCUGGAGGCGCCGGAAUCGGACACGGAUCAGGACACAAUGUCGUCACCGGAGGAGCGGGAGCGCUCUCAAACGGACAUGGAAAUGCUGCAACAACAGCAGCAUCAGCAGCUGGAAGAGGAAGCAGCGGCGGCAGCAGCAGUGGCAGCGGAGCAGGCGCAGGAAGCGGAGGCGCAAUUACAACGCCACCGUCAGGCGCAAGCGGACUUGGAACGGGAGGAGCACUUGGGGGUCUUUCAUCAUCAUCAACUGUUGGAGGAAUUGGCGGAGCAGCAGCGGCACUUUCACAACAGCACGCCCACGCUCAACCCGGAGUCGGGGCGAGUGCCAUCGCCCCAUAUUACCUCCCAUCAGCAAUACCAGGAGCAACUGCGGCGUCCGCAGGCAAUGGUGGACAGCAUUUUCUCAGCCAUGCAGCCGCCAGCGGGAGUCCAUAUGCCAGCCAAUAUAAUGGAUCAGCAAUACAACAUCAUACCUUUGGGUAUCAACACGCCGCCGCUGCUCAGCAGCAGUAUGCAGCUGCUGCAGCCGCCGCAGCCCAUCACCACCAGCACAGCUACUACAGUCAAUAUGGGCAACAUCCAUAUGCUGCACAACCACCACACCCACCACCACACUCAGCACACGCAGCAAGCAGCGCAGGCGCAGCAGGAGCAGCUGGUGCUACCGUCCAUGCGCAAUACGCUGCUCAACAAUACCAGCAUCCAGUCGCAGCUGGACACCAUCAAUACCACCACCAUGCCGCAGCUGCUGCCGCCCAUCACCACCACCACACAGCAGCUGCUGCCGCCGCCGCAGCUGCAGCAGCCGCUGCACACCACCAACACCAUUCCAUCCUUCCAGCAGCUGCAGCAGGGGUCGGAGCUGGCGCCGCUGGAGCCCACAAUGACCUAUCACACUAUUAUUGGUAAUGGCACCAUGAAUGGUGAAGGAUUCAAUGCGAACAGCAGCGGCAGCAGUGAUGUAAGCAGCGAGUUCUUGCAAUUGGCCUCCUUGGAUCCCUAUGGUGGACUGCAGACGCAACAAAUGAUUACUGCCGAUGGCCAGAUAGUCCAGUUCAUGUCCUCGGCGCUUAUGGGGCAGACAUUCUACGCACUACCGCCGCGCACAACCAUCCGUGAGGCUUAUCCCCGCUCACCGCAAGAGGGAGACUUGCCACCAGCGCAUACCAUUUUGCCCAACGGCUUAUCGGAACAGGACAAACUGCAUAUCCAUCAAGAGUCUACGCAGACAAUGAUAGAGACGCUGCCUUCCGCGGUCGAGCCAUACCCACACGAAGAAGAGGAGGUGAACAUUAAAUCAUAUGCACACGCAGAAGACGAAAAGCAGAAUAUCAAGCCAGACACAACCGUCAUGCAAGAAUUAGUAGACUCCACAACCGGCAAGCCAAACGAUUGCAGCAUUAUUACCGUCUCCACUGCCAAUACUAAUGCCAAUACAAACACCGUUUCCACCACCACCUCCACAACUGCGAGCAAUGCGAAGCCGAAGAGACCUGCACAACGCCAACCUCCCUCGAAACGCAGACGUUCGCCCUCCUCAUGUACGACCACACCACGCUCAACCAUGCUGCCAUCCGGCCGCAUCAAAUGCCUGGAGUGCAAUAAGGAAUUCACCAAAAACUGUUACCUGACGCAGCACAACAAGAGCUUCCACUCUGGUGAGUACCCAUACCGUUGCAUUAAAUGCGGCAAACGUUACCAGUAUCCGGAGGUAUACGAGGUGCAUAUCUCGCGACAUAAGGCCUCGGAAAAGCCACACAAAUGUGAACUUUGUCCCAAGCAAUUCCAUCACAAGACCGACUUGCGUCGCCAUGUCGAAGCCAUACAUACGGGCAUGAAACAGCAUGUCUGCGAUAUUUGUGAAAAGAGUUUCUGUCGCAGAGACCACUUGCGCAAACACAUUGAAACGCAUAAACGUCCUAAAGUAAUAGCCAAGCGGGUGCUUAAGGACAUGACUGAACAGGGUAUAUUAGAUAUGGAGACAUUAAAAGCUGUGCAGCCGAUGACAAAGCCGUCAAUGAAGAUGGCCGACAAGUAUGUUAGACUAGACAAAGACCAGAGCAAAGAUUCGCACAAAAAGCAGCAACAAGCUGUAGAAGAGGGGGAAGAAAAUGUUAGUCACAAUAUGAGAGAGCGUUUGACAAAUAUCAAACAAGAGUUGCUUGAUAUGCCGCCGCCUAUGUAUGCGUCACAAACGCAAAAUCUAACCGUAACGGCAGUAACUAUGCCACUUGACUGCAGCGACUAUCAGCGCAGCGGGGACUUGGCGACCGACGACAGCUUCAUAGAAGAUGACGAUAAUGUGCCAGAGGGUUACUUGAUACGUGUAAUUAAGGAGGAGGAAAAUGUACAGGGGAUGCCUGAAAAACAGUUGUCAGCGUAUUUUUGAUAAAGUGAUAGCACUUG